CUUUCUCCCGCUCCCCUUCCCGCUGCCCGUAGUUGUGGCUGUAGCUGCAGCCGCCUCCGGAGCUCACCCGGGUCUGGGGCCCGCUUCCCCCCUGGCGCCCCUCGGUUCUUCCCGUUGCCGUCACUGAGGAUGAGUCCCUGCGCGGCCGUGUGUCCACCCCGCGGAGACCGCCGGCGCCCUUUAAUCUAGCGACUGGUCACCCUUGCAAUUAUGGAUAUUUAAAAGGAUCAGAUAGUGUGGAGGGGGAAUUCCCCUCCUCACUCCCCCUUGGUGCUUGACUCCAGGAAUAAUUUAUAAACUGUGGAAAGCUCCUUUUUGAAAAAACUAAAGAACUUGUAUUUGAUAUAAACUUUAUAGCACUAUUUAUAAUUUUUUUUUUUUAAUUUAAGUGCCAAAAUCAAUUGUACAAAGAUUUAUAGUUUUAUACUCUUGCCAUUAGGGUUUAAAUUAUAAUCCUAAGCAGGCCAUUUAGUCUCUAUAAAUUUUUCUAGUAGCACUAUUGUGUCCUGCUUUUUCAUUUUUAAAAAUUAGUCUUAUCUGACUACUCUGAAGAAGUAGCAGUAUAAAAACAAUUAGGAUGAAUUCUUCCAUCCCUGACUGCACAUCAAAGUGUCGAUCCCUGAAGCAUGCCUCGGAUGUCCUUUCUGUGGUCACCAAGGGGAGUGAAAACCAGAUUAAGGCCUUUCUCUCUAGUCAUUGUUAUAAUGCCGCAACUAUCAAGGAUGACUUCGGCAGAAAUGCCCUCCAUCUUGUUUCCUCCUGUGGGAAGAAAGGAGUGUUAGAAUGGCUUAUUGAGAAAGGAGUGGAUCCCUUGGUGAAAGACAAGGAAUCAGGAUGGACAGCUUUGCACAGAAGCAUAUUUUAUGGACAUAUUGAUUGUGUUUGGUCUCUAUUGAAGCAUGGUGUUAGUCUGUAUAUUCAAGAUAAAGAAGGCUUGUCAGCUUUGGAUCUUGUAAUGAAGGAUAGACCAGCUCAUGUAGUAUUCAAAAACACUGAUCCUACAGAUGUCUACACUUGGGGAGAUAAUACAAAUUUCACCCUGGGUCAUGGAAGCCAGAAUAGCAAACACCAUCCAGAAUUGGUGGAUCUGUUCUCCAGAAGCGGAGUUUAUAUUAAGCAGGUGGUGCUUUGUAAAUUUCACUCAGUAUUUCUGUCUCAGAAAGGGCAGGUCUAUACUUGUGGUCAUGGUCCUGGAGGACGUUUAGGCCAUGGAGAUGAACAGACAUGCUUGGUCCCUAGGCUUGUGGAAGGGCUGAGUGGUCAUAAUUGUUCCCAAGUGGCAGCUGCUGAGGAUCAUACUGUUGUAUUAACUGAAGAUGGAUGUAUUUAUACAUUUGGUCAAAAUACUUUUCAUCAAUUAGGAAUUAUUCCUCCACCUUCCAGUUGUAAUGUACCCAGACAGAUGCAGGCAAAAUAUCUCAAAGGAAGGACAAUCAUUGGAGUAGCAGCAGGCAGGUUUCAUACAGUGUUAUGGACUAGAGAAGCUGUUUACACUAUGGGACUAAAUGGUGGACAACUGGGUUAUUUGCUAGAUCCCAAUGGAGAAAAGUGUGUAACUGCUCCUCGCCAAGUCUCUGCCCUUCAUCAUAAGGACAUCACUCUAUCUUUGGUUGCUGCAAGUGAUGGGGCCACAGUCUGUGUUACCACAAGGGGAGAUAUUUACUUACUUACAGACUAUCAGUGCAAGAAGAUGGCUUCUAAGCAGCUAAACUUGAAAAAGGUCCUUGUGUCUGGGGGACGUAUGGAAUACAAGGUUGAUCCUGAACAUUUGAAAGAAAAUGGGGGUGAAAAAAUUUGUAUUCUUGCAAUGGAUGGAGCUGGAAGGGUGUUUUGCUGGAGAUCAGUCAGCAGUUCUCUGAAGCAGUGUCGAUGGGCUUAUCCACGACAAGUCUUCAUUUCUGAUAUUGCUUUAAAUAGGAAUGAAAUUUUAUUUGUCACCCAGGAUGGAGAAGGAUUUAGAGGGAAAUGGUUUGAAGAAAAAAGAAAGAGUUCUGAAAAGAAAGAGAUUUUAUCAAACCUUCAUAAUUCCUCAUCAGAUGUGUCCUGUGUCUCUGAUGUAAAUAGUGUAUAUGAAAGAAUUCGACUUGAGAAACUUACUUUUGCCCACAGAGCUGUUAGCGUCAGCACAGAUCCAAGUGGAUGCAACUUUGCAGUUCUGCAGUCAGAUCCUAAAACAAGCCUUUAUGAAAUUCCAGCUGUGUCUUCCUCAUCCUUUCUUGAAGAGUUUGGCAAACUGUUGAGGGAAACAGAUGAAAUGGACAGCAUCCAUGAUGUGACAUUUCAAGUUGGCAACAGAAUCUUCCCUGCUCAUAAAUAUAUUUUGGCAUUGCGUUCUGACUUUUUUCAGAAAUUGUUCCUUUCAGAUAGUACUUCUUUAGAUUUUACAGAUGUUUACCGGAAAGACGAAGAUUCUGCAGGAUGCCCUCUCUUUGUGGUAGAGAAGGUCCAUCCUGACUUGUUUGAAUACCUUUUACAAUUUAUAUACACAGAUACUUGUGACUUUUUAACUCCUGGCUUCAAACCAAGAAUUAACUUAAACAAAAAAACAGAAGAAUAUCAGGUCACGAUGAAUUCUCAUUUGAAUAAGAUGAAUUCCCAUGAAGAUAAUCAGAAGUCAGCAUUUGAAGUUUAUAAAAGUAAUCAAGCACAUACAAUUAGUGAAAAGCAGAAAAGCAAACCCAAAUCUUCCAAAAAAGUAAAAAGUGUUGGGGAAGAUGAUCCUGUAAGAAUGUUGCAAAAUGUUGCAAAGAAAUUUGGUUUCAGUAAUUUGAGUAGUAGGUUAGAUGGAGUCAGAUUUGAAAAUGAAAAAAUUAAUGUUAUUUCCAAGAAAACUGGUAACAAACUAAAACUAAAUCAGAAAAAAUGUUCAUUUCUGUGUGAUGUGACCAUGAAAUCAGUGGAUGGAAAGGAAUUUCCUUGUCAUAAAUGUGUUCUUUGUGCUAGACUUGAAUAUUUUCAUAGUAUGCUGAGUAGCUCAUGGAUCGAGGCUUCCAGUUGUGCAGCUCUGGAGAUGCCAAUACAUUCUGACAUACUGAAAGUUAUUUUGGACUACCUCUAUACUGAUGAAGCUGUGGUGAUAAAAGAAUCUCAAAAUGUGGAUUUUAUUUGCAGCGUUCUUGUGGUCGCUGACCAGCUUCUCAUAACUCGAUUGAAAGAGAUUUGUGAAGUAGCAUUAACUGAAAAACUUACCCUCAAGAAUGCGGCUAUGCUACUAGAAUUUGCAGCAAUGUAUAAUGCUGAGCAAUUGAAACUAUCUUGUUUACAGUUUAUAGGACUGAAUAUGGCAGCUUUACUUGAAGCAAGGUCUCUUGAUGUUUUAAGUGUUGGUGUUUUGAAGGAUCUUUCUGCAUUUUACCGAAAAAUGAUUCCAGCAAUGGAUAAAAGAGUCAUCACACCAUAUCAAGAUGGACCAGAUAUUAGCUAUUUGGAACUAGUAGAAGAUGGAGAUGUUUUUUUGAAAGAAGAAAUAAAUACUGAACAAAGUUAUUCGGAAAGUAUGUUCAAGAAGGCCAAAACAAAAGCAAAAAAGAAGCCACGUAAGCGUUCAGAUAGUUCUGGAGGUUAUAACCUUUCCGAUAUUAUUCAGAGCCUACCAUCUACAGGAUUAUUAAAGUCUGAUAAGACCAAUUCUGUGGAAUCGCUUCCAGAACUGUUGACGUCAGACUCUGAAGGAAGCUAUGCAGGAGUGGGUAGUCCUAGAGAUUUACAGUCCCCUGAUUUCACAACAGGAUUUCAUUCAGAUAAGACUGAGGGGAAAACAAAACCAUAUGUUAAUGGUGCACCACCUACAUAUUUAAGGGAAGAUUUAAAACCAUGGGAAAAAUCACCAAUACUUAAAAUAUCUGUUCCACAACCCAUUCCGAGUAACAGAAUUGAUACUUCAAGCUCUUCUAGUUGGGUUGCUGGUUCUUUCAGUCCUGUCAGCCCUCCUAUCAUGGAUCUGAGAACCAUCAUGCAAAUUGAAGAAAAUAGACAAAAAUGUGGAGCAACACCAAAGACAAACUUGGGCAAAGUGAUUUCUCCUGGAGUUAAACUUUCUCAGAAGCAACGAAAAAUGAUUGCAAUGACUACCAAAGAAAAUAACUCAGGAGUGAAUAGCAUGGAAACAGCUUUAACUGCUCCUUCAAAAAACACAAAACUAGCACAUGCCUGGGCAUCUUCUCUACAUUCAUUUUCAUCCAAGUCAUUCCGGGAUUUCUUAGUAGAAGAAAAAAAAUCUGUUACUGGGCACAGUGCAGGAGAUCAUGUCAAAAAAGUUUGUGUUAAAGGAAUUGAAAAUCCCCAGGCUCCAAAAGUUAUAAGAUGCUCUACUCAUGGUACCCCAGGACCAGAAGGCAACCAUGUUUCAGAUGUACCACUUCUGGACAGUCACAAUCCUUGGUUGUCUUCUUCACUGGCUGCUCCGCCUGUAGUAGCCCCAGUCACUUUCGCAUCUAUUGUAGAAGAGGAACUACAACAGGAAGCUGCACUCAUCAGAAGUCGAGAAAAACCCUUGGCUUUGAUUCAGAUUGAGGAGCAUGCAAUACAAGAUUUAUUGGUUUUCUAUGAGGCGUUUGGCAACCCUGAUGAGUUUGUCAUUGUUGAAAGGACACCACAGGGACCACUGGCAGUACCUAUGUGGAAUAAGCAUGGAUGCUAGUUUGCUGUGGAAUUGAGAUGUGUUUUUCAUAAAUCGUGAUUGUUAUAAAAAGCUGUGGAAGAGUUCUUACAAAUUUGGUAACAGAUCAUUCUAGGUAGAAUAAGAAAGAUCUAAUUUCUGUACUGCAGUUCAAGCAUAUAAUAUUUGUGUGAUUAAAAAGAAAUUCCUUAGACUUGUGAUUUUAGUAAUUUUAUGUAAAAGUGUAUGAGAGGAAAAACUAGAUUAAGUUUAAGUAGAAACAUUUCUUCUGAAUAGGUCUGAAAAGGAAAACAAGCAAUUGAAGUGUAAAAUUUAGGAGUGAUGCAUUAAUAAUAACUUUCCAUUUGAAAACUUGUGAUAAAUAAUUUAGAAGAUUUUUGCCAAAUAUCUGUUGUCACUUCUUUUUUGAUAUAACAUUGGUGAGCUUAAAGUAGGAGUAUUAGCCAUUAUUUUUGAUCCAUUAAUGUCCAAAAUUUUGUGUUUACUACAAUAAUUCUCCAUUUUUGUGUCUUUUUUCAUCAAGCCAUGAACAUUCUAGUCUGUUUAAAGUUUGAAUGCUCAAAUGCCAUAUUAUUUCAGCUUGGAUAGCAUAUUCUCCAUUUGCAUUAAACUAUGGAGUACAGUGAAAAGGAAAUAUGAACACUUCUGAAUAGCUUAGUCCAAGAUAAUAGUUUCUUUAUAAGAUUUGGAGUCAUUGUGGGUUGUGUCUUAGUGGGAGGGGAGACCUUAUAAAAGCCUAAUUGUGAGAGAAUCAGUUUUCCAGUGUUAAAAUUUUCUGAAAUAAAUGCUUAAUUAUACGUUACAAGAAUUAAAUAAUUUAGAAGAAGAUGGGUUUAUGGUUACUUUACAAUAUUAUGUUAUCAGAAUUUCUCUGAGCCUGGAUUAUAUAAAUAGACAUAUACAUUGUUUGUUUUCUUUACAGUACGCUAUUUGGUUUACUUUUGAGUGGUUAAAUUUUAAAAAAACGUUAAAUGUGUGCUCUAGUUCCUGGACAGAUUGGGAAGGUUAAUGUUCUAGUUUCUGGGACAUGAGCCUAGGGGAACACACAGGAAAUUCACUGCGUUAAUUCAGAUGAUGGAAAUAUGGCUGCAACUAACAGUACUUGAGGUUUAGCUCUACUUGAAAGAGGCAAACUUGUAAGUAAAUGUGCAAUAAAAAAUAAUCUUGAUCACU